CCUUGCGGCGAUUAUGCAGGACACGCAUGGCCUACAUCAUGUUAAGCCCUAAACCGUUUCGCAAACUCCCAGCGGAGCCGAAACUUGGACAGCAACACUUCAGCGGGGUCCAUGAUUGAUGCCAUUGUUGGCUUAGUCUUCCACUCGAAAACGUGCUCCUCGAAAUCAUAUCCACGCCGGAAAUCGAGAGUCAUCGAUAUUUCUGUGCUGGAAGGUGAGUGCUCAGGCAUUGUUAGGCCCGCUAAUGUGCUUCCCUAUUACCUUGUAAUUAAAACUUGCUUUGAUUUCUCCACAGAGCCGAGCAAAUUAUGCCCAUCUCUAGGCAUGAACAUACCCGGUUUGCCUAACUCCGAAAUCGAUAUCUUCGUAGAUAUCACGCUGGUAAACAGGAUGAGUCUUUUAAGACGCCUGAGUGCAAACUUUGUGUCUGUCACUUGCUGAAACCUAUAUCAUGGCGGCGUCUUUGGAGGGGACAAUAUUUCUCGCGCACCAUUUGCUGCGUUAUGGGAUUAUUUAUUUUGGAAUCUACUUACUUGGGAAAUCUAGUUAUCGAAUCCUCUUGCACCCUCUCGCGAGAUAUCCGGGCCCGGUAUUGGCAAGAAUCUCUCCCUUUUGGCGGACGCACGCGCAGUAUUCAAAGAGGGCGCACUUGAUUUACCAGGACCUACACCAAACGUACGGCCCGGUUGUUCGUGAUGGACCAAAUUCGCUGUCGUUCAGUGAUUAUCACGCGAUCAAGGUAAUCUACGGCCGCGGGAAGGACUCCUUCUCCCGUCCUAACACGUUUCCCACUAUUGGCAUCAAUUCGGAGCACCCUCCUAUCUUCUUCGCCGUCGAUGCUCAGACACAUCAGUCUGCUCGCCGCAAGGUGGGUGGCGCGUACACCAUGACCACCAUCUUGACCAUGGAGGACCAGAUCGAUAAGAUUGUACAGCAGCUAGAGGAUCGCCUGGACGAGGAAGCAGCAAACGAGUCGUAUUUUGACUUCAGCAAGUGGAUCAACUACUUCACAGUCGAUAUCAUCAGCGAUCUAGCCUUUGGAGAAUCAUUUGGAUGUCUGAGGACGUGCAUAGACGCCAAUGGGAUCAUUUCUGGGCUCCAGGGCGGACACGUAUUCGCUAUUAUUCUCUCGGUGGUGCCAUCGCUCGGCACGCUGUUUAGUGGUCCUUUAUCCAAGUAUUUGAAGCCUCCAGACAACCAAGGCAUUGGCCUGGCACUCAAGGUUGCAGCAAACAUCGUUAGCGAACGCUAUAAGCAACCGAGCGAGAAGAAAGAUCUUCUGAAUGCCAUCAUCUCGUCAAAGGAUCCUGACCGCUCUCCUAUUCAUCGAGAUCAAGUCCGGGGAGAGGUUGUUGCCGCUCUGGUGGCUGGUGGCGAUACGACAGCCAUGUCAAUUCUUGGCUGCGUCGGCUUUCUCCUCCGCAAUCCAGGGGUAUUUUCCAAACUUCGCGAGGAAAUUGAUACUGCAUACUCAGAGGGACACCUACCCCAAGAUCAAGUCCCUCGCUAUGCUGAUUUGGCCAAACUUCCCUAUCUCACCGCAGUGAUCAAUGAGACACUUCGAUUCAGUCCGUCGGUCGGCGCAGCAUUUACACGAAGAACGCCCGAACAAGGUGUGGAGAUUUUACCUGGCUACUACGUCCCUGGGGGGACGGAGGUGGGUGUAAACAACUGGGUCAUUGGUAGGAGCGCGGACUUGUACGGUAAAGAUGUAGAGAAAUUCCGACCAGAGAGAUGGUUAGAGGACGAUGCGAAGACUAAACUUAUGAAGGACUAUGAGUUUGCGUUUGGCCACGGAGCGAGAAUAUGUAUCGGACGCAAUCUUGCCUUUGUCGAGCUGUUCAAGACGAUUGCUGAGCUGGUCAGGAGAUAUGACAUUAUACCUCGAGAUCUGAACAGGCUCUGGACCGAGGAGCUGAAGCUUUUCCUCUACAAAUCGGAUAUGAUGGUGACGGUUAAGAGACGGCACAUUUGAUGGACUGUAGAGUCUAUUUGAAAUUUCUCUCAAGUUCACAUCGCUUCAUGUACAAAGUCUCUUGGGGAUGUUUCGAGAAGGAUAUGCUCCUGAUGAAGUACAGGUGACGGUUAUAGAUGAAUAUUGAGGAUAGGUCUAGAUGAAGUUUGAAUGAGCCUUUCAACCAUUGUUCAU